GGGUCCCCCCUCCACCCGGGGGCGGGGCCGCGCGGUCCUUCUGACCCCGUAGGGACCUGCGGUGCCAGGAAUUUCCCUGGCCCCGGGGCUGCUCACUUCCCCGCGCCAACCAGGCAUAAAAGGGGUUCUCCCGGCUCGGGCAGCCACAGAAUCCGCUCCGCCAGCUCUCGCUCCAGCUCUCCAGCUCCAGGCACCGCCGCCCCGACUCUCCGAGCUGAGCCCCAUGGCCCGCGCCGCCACCCCCGCCGCACCCCGCGCCCUCCGGCUCCUCGGCGCCGCGCUGCUGCUCCUGCUCCUGGUCCCCGCCGGCCGCCGCGCCGCAGGGGCGCCCGUGGUCGCCGAACUGCGCUGCCAGUGCUUGCAGACCUUGCAGGGAAUUCACCUCAAGAACAUCCAGAAUGUCAAGGUGACGCCGUCGGGACCCCACUGCGCCCAAACCGAAGUCAUAGCCACUCUCAAGGAUGGACAGGAGGUGUGUCUCAACCCCGAAGCCCCCAUGGUCAAGAGAAUCAUCAAUAAGAUGCUGAACAAAGUCACACUGAAAGAUGGGACAUUAGUUUGUUUGGAUCCUGAGGCUGAAUGGGUGAUGAUUAUUAUCAAAAAGAUUAUCAACAGUGCUUCUAACUGAUGGUCACACAAGGAACGUCACAUCCGAUGGGUAUCAAGAACCCUUGGUAUCAUUGUGAGCUUGGACAGCCUCCAGAGUUUUCUUUGAAAGUACCACCAACUUAUGCUAAUUUAUGACUACGUAAAAGUGUCUUCUAUCCUCAUUCUGACUACCUAAACAUUGUUUUCAGGCAGGUGAUUGACUACUUGUAUGGGAAUAAUGGAAGGAGAGGUAAUGUAAUUUCUAUUAUGUUGGGAGAAUAAUCUCCCAAAUUCAUAUAGUAGGUGAGAGGUUUCCCUGUUAGGCUCAAUAUACCUUAACGGAGGCUACCUCUUCCAUACUGUACCCUACCACUUAACUUCCUAGUGGACUCUGGCAUUCAAUCACAGCUUUUCACUCAACUCCAUCCUUUGAUAUAUUCUUAACAGUGUGUUUCUGGAUUAAUUUAUCAACACUCCGGCCUCUUGAUUGCUUCAAUAUUUGAGUUCCAAAUGCUUUAACUUGCUCCUUAUUUUAAUCACCCACAACUUUGGAUCUCAGUAUAAAGUAAAGUUGUUUAUCUAUAGGCUUCAAAACUAAAAUACUUCUUUUAAAGGAAUUUUUCAUUCAUUAUAAGAUCUAUGUAUUUAACAAGAAGAAAAUGGGGUUCAUACAGUUGUAUAAUAGAAUUUCCUUAAAUUUUAAGAAUUUACUUAAAUAAAGCAAAUCUAAUAGAUAGCAUCAGCCAAGAGUAAAAGUGAUCCAAUCCAGGAAACUAUAAAGUCAUUGGGUUGGAAGAGGAGGGAAAGGAAAUUUAAGACCCUCAAGACCUGGGGAAGAUCCCAAGGAUGAUGCUUCAGAAAGAUGAAAUGGAAAACACAGACCUAAGUUGUGUUCUAAUCAUUUAACUUCUUUUAGGUAAAAUUUCUGCAUAUGCAACACCAUAUUGAGUGAAUAAACAUCUUUUCUUU